UGUUCGAGUCGCAUCGAAUCUGACAAGAGACUGACCAACCGGAGAGUCGCAACUUACACACAUAUCGAACAAUGGCCCCCAAACCGCCCCCUGGCACAUCCGCCAGAGCCUGGGACGGAGUGACGCCCGCUCUGUCGGAUUGGGUUCUCGAUGCUGUUGCCUCCAUGGGGUUCACGCGCAUGACCCCCGUCCAAGCAUCGGCCAUUCCUCUUUUCAUGGCGCAUAAGGAUGUCGUGGUGGAGGCGGUCACAGGCAGUGGGAAGACCCUUUCCUUCUUGAUCCCGGUGGUCGAAAAGCUUUUGCGCCUGGAAGAGCCGCUGAAGAAGCACCAUGUUGGCUCCAUCAUCAUUUCUCCUACGAGAGAACUUGCCACGCAGAUUUAUACCGUGUUGACGUCCUUGCUUGCUUUCCACCCCCCCUCUGCUGCAGCCAUCAACCCCCCCGAAGACGGCGAUGCGCCCCGUCAAAAACACACCUCCUCUACCCUCAAAGUCGUCCCCCAACUUCUCCUCGGCGGCUCGACAUCCCCGGCGGAAGAUCUCAGUGCUUUCCUCAAGAACUCGCCGAACUUGUUGGUGGCUACCCCGGGCCGGCUGCUAGAGUUACUCUCCUCGCCCCACGUUCACUGCCCCCAGUCGUCUUUCGAAAUGCUAGUCAUGGACGAAGCAGACAGACUGCUUGAUCUUGGUUUCAAGGAUACUUUGCAGAAUAUCUUGCGUCGUCUGCCUAAGCAACGGCGGACAGGUCUGUUCAGUGCCAGCGUCAGUGAGGCUGUUGAUCAGAUCGUCCGAGUUGGUCUGCGCAACCCCGUCAAGGUUAUGGUCAAAGUAAAGGGCACUUCGGGUGUUCAGGACAAGCGUACUCCUGCCAGUCUACAGAUGACUUACCUUGCAACCCCCCCUCAGCACAAAUUUUCCGCCCUCAAAAACAUCCUUUACUCCGUGGAGCCCACUCCUCAAAAAACCAUAUUCUUCGUCUCGACAUGCUCGGGCGUGGACUACCUUUCCGGAAUCCUGCCCUCUAUGUUGGGCGAGGAUUUCCAGUUAAUACCGUUGCAUGGUAAACACCAAGCAAACGUCCGCGAAAAGAACUUCAACCGCUUCGUCAACUCCCACACUCCCGCCAUUCUCCUCACCACCGAUGUCGCCUCUCGUGGACUGGAUAUUCCUUCCGUCGACGUUGUCGUCCAGAUCGACCCCCCCUCCGAUCCGAAGACAUUCAUCCACAGAUGCGGCCGUGCCGGACGAGCCGGCCGCAAAGGGCUGAGUGUCGUCCUGCUUCACCCAGGACGCGAGGAAGACUACGUGAAUUUCCUCGAAGUCCGCAAAACCCCCGUCUCACCAUACCCCCGAAUCCUCAACUUUUCCGAAGCGGACGCCACGGCAGCCACGGCCGCGGCUCGCAAAGCCGUGCUCGCAGAUCGGACCCUCCACGACCGUGGCCAGAAGGCCUUUGUCAGCUGGUUCAGAAGUUACAGCAAGCACCAAGCGAGCAGUAUCUUCCGCGUCGCCGAUCUGGACUGGGAAGCGCUCGGCAAAGCAUGGGGACUGCUGAAGCUGCCCAAGAUGCCCGAACUCAGGAAUUUCGAAGGCGACCGGUCCCUUGGCGUCAGCCUGGACUGGGAAAACUACACAUAUAAGGACAAACAGCGGGAGAAGCGCCGCAAGGAACAGCUCCAGGAAAUGGCCCAGAAUACCCCCGCGGAGGACCCAUCCUCCGGCAAGAGACGGGCUAGUGAGAGCGUCGCGUGGAGCAGAAACCUCGACAACCGCAACAAGAAGCAGAAGCGCAGAGAGGCGAAGCACGAACGCCAGAAGCAAGACAGGUGGGAGAAGCUGACGGAGGAGGAGCGCAAGAAGAUCACGGAAACCGAGCAGAUGGUCGAACAGAUCCGGGCAAAGAACGAGGAAGAACGACGGCUCAGACGGGCAGCCAAGGCCAACGAAGCCAAGGACAAGAAGGGCCCCGAAGAUGAGGAAUUCAACGGGUUUGAUUGAUAUGAUCCCACUCGCAUACAUGCUUGCAUCCAUGUCUAAAUGAACAUGCCUGUCUCGUCUCUUCUUGCCUCUGAUACCAUAUACUACUAUACUCUGUAUCUAUAGACUCUUUGCAAUCUAUAUCCACUUCG